AUGCAAGCCGUCGUUUUCAAGGGCCCGUCCAAGGUCGCCAUCGAGCAAAAGCCUAUCCCCCAGAUUCAAGAUCCAACAGAUGCCAUCUUAAAGGUGCGAUACACUGCGUUAUGUGGCAGUGAACUCCAUGUCUUUCGUGGCCACCAGAAGUCCGGUACGGACUUUAUCAUGGGCCACGAAUUUACAGGUGAAGUCGUCGAGGUUGGAUCGGACAUCAAGAACCUCAAAAAGGGAGACCGAGUAGUCUCGCCUUUUACUACGAGCUGCGGAGAAUGUUUCUACUGUGAGCGUGGCUUCUCCUCUCGGUGCGCUCGAAGCCAGCUAUUCGGUACUACUGGACUUGACGGUGGACAGGCCGAAUAUGUACGCGUUCCACUAGCCGAUUCGACUCUUGCUCAAAUUCCGGCUUCAAUCGACGAGAAGAAGCUGGUUCUUAUGGCCGAUAUAUUCCCAACCGGGUACUUUGCUUCUAUGAAUGCUUUCUCAAACUCAACCCCGGAGGAGAUUCAAAACAGCACUGUACUCCUCUUUGGAUGUGGUCCUGUUGGUAUCUGUGCGCUUGUUAGUGCUCUCGAUUACAAGCCGAAGAAUUUGAUUGCAAUUGAUAGCGUGCCUUCCAGACUAGCACUUGCACAGAGUCUAGGAGCUGAGCCGUGGAAUUUCAAGGAGGACGAAGAAGGUCUACGCCAGAGGGUCAAGGAUCUUACUGAUGGUCGUGGAGCAGAUAUUGUUAUUGAGGUCGUUGGACAUAGUAGCGCUCUCAGAAUGGGCUUCGAUUUGCUACGGCCCUGGGGCCGUAUCUCGAGUGUCGGUGUCCACAACCAGGAUAUCCCCUGGACCGGAAACGAAGCCUACGGCAAGAACCUUCGUUUACAGAUGGGCCGAUGCCCUGUUCGGAGUAUCUUCGGCCAGGCCAUGGAACUUUUCGAAAAGAAGCAGGACACCCUCAAUUUCAUGUCUCAAGAUAUUCGGCCGCUCUCGCAGGCCGCUCAGGCAUAUGACGAUUUCGAUAACAUGCGGGCCCACAAGGUCAUCUUUGAGGCGGAUAAGUAA